UGCUCUCUCUCUCUCUCUCUCUCUCUUUCUCUCUCUCUAAAAUCUUAUAGCCUCACAAUCUCUUUGAUUCUCCUUCAAUCUCUCUCUCUCUCGCCCUAAGAGACGCACCCAUACUUUGUUUCUUGAGCAACAAUGGCAAUUGCUGUUGCAGUGCUCUUACUGGCCAUGGCUGGUUACUCAAGUGGAACAUGGUGUGUAUGCAGAGAAGGGCUAAGCGACGGAAUGCUGCAGAAGACAUUGGACUACGCGUGUGGGGCAGGAGCAGACUGUGGACCCAUCCACCAGAAUGGACCUUGCUUCAACCCUAACACCGUCAAGGCUCAUUGCUCUUACGCCGUUAACAGUUACUUCCAGAAGAAGUCACAGUCCCCCGGCUCAUGUGACUUUGCCGGCACUGCCACUUUUUCGGCCUCCGACCCCAGCUACUCUGGUUGCCCUUUUCCUGCAAGUGCGAGUGCGGCCGGGACGUCGACAACAGUGACAACGACGCCAACAACGGGAGUGCCGACGACCACGAACAUCGGGCCAUACUCGGGAAUGCCAUCGACGGGGGGAGGGAUGGGGACGUCGGGACCAGGCGGGAUAAACCCGGAUUACACCUAUCCUUCUCCCGGGUCUAGGCUUCAAAACCCUGUCGGAAACCUCUACAGAUUCCUAGCGUUUAUCCUCUUGAUGAGUUCACUGAUCUUGUGAGGUUAAAGGUCGUGUCUUUUGUUUGGGGAUGUAAUGUGACGUGGGUCCACUUGUUGGUUCUUGUUUUUGUAAUGGAAUCUUUCAAGAACUGUGUUUUCCUUUUGUUGUGUUCCAAAUCUUUGUAUGUUUCUGUGUGUGUCUGUGUGUUUUUUCUUUGGUUUGGUU